AUGACUUAUUCUCAAGUACUCCAACAUCUACUACAAUUGAAGUUGGUUAAUUUAAGGAGCAUGCCACUGCCACCUCUUCCUGAGAGGCUCCCUGCAGGUUAUAAUCCUAAUACUCGUUGCGAAUUUCAUUCUGAGGCCAUAGGCCAUGAUGUGGAGAAUUGUUGGGCCCUUAAAUACAAAGUGAAAGAAUUAUUGGAUUCCAAUGCCAUUCAGUUCACCCCGGACAAUAGGCCUAAUGUUAUUCAAAAUCCGAUGCCAACUCACGGUGGACCUACUGUUAAUAUGGUAGAAGAGGGUGAGAGUUUUAACUUGAUCAUGGAUGUGAACUUGUUGUCUACUCCUUUACCGUGUAUUAAGAGUUACCUGAUCCAAAGCGGAGUUUUUCCUGGGUGUCCCCCAAAUUGUUGUGGAUGCCAGCACCAGCCUGAGGGAUGUGUUAGCCUGAGGAUUGGGAUUCAAAAUUUGAUCAAUAAUGGUAUUCUACAGUGUGACAAGAUCGUGAAAGACGAGAAAGUUGAAGAGAAAGAGGUGGCAGUAAUUUCCAUUCCAUAUACUCCUGCAAAUAUUCCAACACCUAUUAGGCCUACAUCCUUGACAAUCACGUUUCCUGGUCCUAUCCCUUACUCCUGCGAGAAUGUUGUACCUUGGGAUUAUGGGUCAGAUAUUUAUUACCAUGUAGUAAAGCAAGAAGGGAGGAAAUCCGAAGACAAACCAAGUGAAGACACAAGUUUAAAUUUUGACAACUCUACCGGUAUAGGAAGAAUUACCAAAAGUGGUCGGGUUAAUGCUCUGAAUGUAGUACCUGUGACUUCAUUGUCCCAAGAAGUUGAAGAGUUAUUGAGAUUAAUCAGGAAAAGUGACUAUAAAGAGAUAGAUCAUCUGAGCCAGACGCCAUCUAAGAUUUCAAUAUUGUCCUUGUUGUUGUGUUCCGAAGCUCACAGGAAUGCCUUGAUGAAAUUAUUGAGUUCUACUUUUGUACCACAAAACAUCACUGUCAACCAACUAGAAGGGGUUAUGGCUAGUAUUUCAGCUGAUAACAAUUUGGGUUUUACAGACUUUGAUCUUCCUCCAGAAAGGCGCAAUCAUAACAAAGCCUUGCGCAUUUCUAUGGAAUGCAAAGGAACUACAUUAUCCCGUGUAUUGGUAGAUACCGUAUCAUCCUUGAAUGUGCUGCCUAAAUCUGCUCUGAUGAAGAUUGAUUAUGCAGGAGUUGAAUUGCGCCCCAGUAACUUGAUAGUCUGGGCCUUUGAUGAGUCUCGAAGAGCUGUUUUUGGUGAAGUAGACCUACCUGUCAAAAUUGAACCCCAAGUCUUCGGUACGACAUUCUUCGUCAUGGACAUAUAG